GAACCACAAAGGGUCUUACCGUUUAAUCGCUAACAAUGGCAACUACCGGUACUUCGCUUUCAAGAAACUGGAAGCAGCUCCAGAGGACGUUAAGUAGGGCCGCAUCCAACACGUCCACCACGCCCACCGACCCCCCAAAGCGCAAGUCUUCAUCGGCCGCGAGCCCCGCCACCACCAGCAACAACUCCACAAUCACAAGUGCGAAAAAGGCAAAGGUGGCAAGGUGAGCUCAAACAGUGCAUCUCCAUACCCAAUGCGUAAUGGGAUGUCAUGCUAACACAUACGGUACAGAACCCCAUGUAACUCGACUACCACCACUACAAUAACCAACUCUACAAACUCUUCCCCUGCACGACUAGCUUCUGAACUGAAACCAAAACCAAAACCAACGUCGAAAGCACCAGAAGUGUCCACCGCCACCGCAAAACCAGCCUCCGCGACGCUGGCACUCUGGGCGGAAGAUAAUGACAUCUCCCCCGUAGAUCUGCAAAAAGCGUACGGUCUACCAUUAACCAGCACCACUCUUCCACUCCCCCUUGAGGCGUCCGGGUCGUCCUCAGCAACCGAAGCCGGAAAAUACAUCUCACUCGACUGCGAAAUGGUUGGCGUGGGCGGCCCCACGAACGAGCGCUCCGUGCUUGCCAGAGUUUCGAUAGUCAACUACCACGGGCACGUAAUCCUAGACACGUUUGUGCGACCAAAGGAGAAAGUUACGGAUUGGAGGAGUUGGAUUAGCGGCGUUACGCCUGCGCAUAUGGCCCACGGUGCCCUCCCCCGUUCUUUCUUGCAGCGCAGCAGCAGCUUGGCUAACGACAUGGGUAGCGAGGGAAUUCAAAGACGUACAAAAAGAAGUAUCCACUAUCCUCAUGGACAGAGUUCUUGUGGGGCACUCGGUUAAGCAUGAUCUCGAGGUGUUAUUGUUGAGCCAUCCGAGGAGGGACAUUCGCGAUACCAGUCGACAUCCCGGAUUCAGAAAGUUGAGUGCUGGGCGUACACCCGGACUGAAGAAGCUUGCCAGCCAAGUGCUGGGGAUCGAGAUUCAGGGGGGGGAGCAUUCUAGCGUUUGUCGUCCUUCCUUCCAUCUUGAUGGUGAGGGCUAAUGGAUGAGUGGACAGAUCGAGGACGCACGAGCUUGCAUGUUACUCUACAGAAAGUUCCGCGAUGAGUUUGAAAUUUUGCAUAGACCAAAAACGCCAAAGAGUACAUCCGCCAAGUCAAGUGGGAAGAAUAAGAAAAAGAAAAAGCGGGCUUAAGUAUUGCUACAUUUUUGUCGUGGUUUCAAUUCAACAUUCUUCAGCCUUCGCUUCUGUUUAUAUUGGAGUUGGGAUUUUAGCCAGCUGGUUUGUUAAUGGUAGUAAUUUCUCACUAGUUGCGGUUCCUAGUAAUCUCAAAUUCCAUCAUCGG